CUCUGCGUGGACCCCUGUGACUCUCCGCAGCUCCAGUGAGGGCUUUCUGGUGGCCUUACUUUAAGGUGCCAUGUCGAAGGAAUCAUUUCCGUUCACUUCUACCUCACUGCGCUCUCUGAGGCUGGAGCAGGAGCUUCAGGAGUGGGAGGAUGCUCGGCGAGCGUUGGCUCAUAGGAGAGCCAUGACCAGGGUCCCGCUGCCCCGGGCCCCCAGGCCUCCUCCCAGGCAGCAACGACUCCAGGAGGUCCAGGCCCCUCCAGCUCAGGUCCGGUGCAGAGACGCAGCCAUCCACAACACCUUCAUGUGUGGAGACAUGAAAGGAGUAUACGCAGUGCUGAAGGACCCUGGGAUGGUCAACGCCCUGAUGGAGACAGUGCAUGAGGAGAUGGUGUGGGCUCCUGAGAUGGGCAUGUGGACGCUGAGCUCCAAGGUGAAGCAGACUUCAGCACUUCAUCUGGCUGCCAGCAGAGGACACACAGGAUGCGUGGAGGAGCUGCUGUUUCGUGGGGCCGAGGUGAACGCAGACCCCGGAGGAAAAACAGCCCUCCAUGAUGCCUGUGUGGGCGGUCACGCUGUCUGUGUCCAGCUGCUGCUUUCUCAUGGAGCAGAUCCUGACCUGCUGACUGCAGACGGCAGCGCGCCUCUUCACCUCUGCACCUCCGCCCAGUCACUCCAGUGUGCUGAGCUGCUGCUAGACGGAGGGGCAGAGGUCAGUGUGAGGAUGAGGGAGUCGAGGGUCACACCUCUGCACGUGGCCGCCCGCCGAGGCCUGGAGGAGCACGUGGAGCUCUUCCUCAGCCAUGGAGCAGAUGUGGCAGCCACAAAUCAAGAGGGGGAGACCCCUCUGAACGCUGCCUGCUCCGGUGCCGAGAGGCCUUCUGAGGCCGGCCGCUAUUUACGUGUGAUUCAAAAGCUGCUGGGUGCAGGAGCUGACCCCAGAACUGCUGGCAGGAAGAAGCACACCCCCCUGCACAACGCCUGUGCAAACUGCAGCCCGCGGAUUGUUGACGUCCUCCUUCAGCACGGAGCCAAGGCAGACGUUAGCAACUGCGCAGGAUACACACCAAUGGGCUGUCUGUUACAGGUGGUUGAAGAUUACCCAGAGCAGCAACCAGAAGCAAUUGCACGGUCACUUCUGAACCAUGGAGCUCAGCCUGUUUCACCAAAGAUGUUGAAGCUGUGCGUCCUCUCUCCUGCCACUCUGGAGGUGAUGCUGAACUCGUACAUAUCCAUCCCUCCCUGUGAGUGGAUGGACGCUCUGUCCACUGAGAUAUAUGAGGAGCACCGGUCUUUCUUUGAGUUGGUGCGUCAGCGGAGCGGUCAGCCUCGCUCUCUGCAGCAUCUCUGUCGAUGUGCUUUACGCCGGCGCCUCGGAGCACAAUGUUUCCAGGCCAUCAGUGAACUGGACAUUCCCAGCUCUGUGAGGGACUACCUGCUGCUGUGUAACGACGGGACGCUCCAGUGACUUCAUGUUGUAUGGACAGUUUUAACAGCAUGGUGCCUCUUUGGAGACUAGAUUUAUUUUAGACAAGUUGCUUUUUUUCUCCUUUUUUUAAAAAAAACUAACACUUAUUUUGUCACCUUCAAACACUUUCAGAUGGAAUUUCUGUAAAACAACAAACAAAAG